AUGACGGAAGAAAAUGCAUUGGAAGAUAGUAACAAGGAUUCAAAUUCUAUUGAAGUAGAAAUGAAAAAACCUACUGAGUUAGAGGAGGAAACUGCGGGACAUAAAUCAAGAAGUUCGGAUGGAAUCACUCAAGAUAACCAAGACGAUAUUGGUGUUGAAAUUGAUGUCGCUGAUGGUAAGUCUAGUGGUAUUAAUACUGAGGAAUCUGCUGAGCUUGAAAAUACAGUUUGUGAAGCACAUGAAGAUGAAUCUAGGAAUUCUUUAGAUAAGACUGAGGGAUCGAGCGAACCAGAGGGUAAUGCAGCAGAUGCCCUAAAUGACAGUGAUAGGAUAGAACCAGAAGAAGAGCAGUCUAGUAAUGCAAAUGAAAUCGAAAUCGAAAAUCAAAUAGACGAGGGAAAUGCCACUAAACUGGAUCAGAGAAACGUUCUUGAGCAGGAUGAGAGCAAUUCUCCGGAACAGGAUGAGAUCAAAGAAAAUAUCAGUAAGACAGAAGAAACCAAGAAAUGUAUGACAGAAUUUGAUGACGAUUCUAAAGAUAAAACCACAUCUGAAAUUAAAGAAAACGAAAACGUUGACAAGCUAUUGAACUCAAAGCCAUCAGAGAAAGUUGAAUCGUAUUCAGACGACGAAAUUGAAUUGGACGAUGAAAUAUCAUCUGAUUCAGACGAUUCAAGUGAAAGCUCUGAUUCAAGUUCUGAAUCAGAUUCAGAUUCAGACUCAGAAUCAAGCUCAGAUGGUGAAGAAACAAAAGUAUCCCAUGAAGAUAUAGGAGAUUUGGCAGACGAUGAAGACGAGCCAUCAAACGGACCAAUAGUUUCAAAAAAUGAAGUAGCUGAUGAAUCUGCUCCAAAGUUGCCGGAGAAUUACAAAAUUCCUGAUAAUGCACCUUUGGAAUUAAUUGGAGAAAUUACUGGACUUGUUGAGAAAAGUGUUAUUAUUAAAGCCAAUAUUUCGGGUGAGUUCAGGGUGCUUAAUGAAAGUUCUAUAUUUUGUUUUGAAGAUAGAACCGUAUUAGGCCCAUUGUUCGAAACAUUUGGAAGAUUGCAAUCUCCAAUGUAUCGUGUUAAAUUUGAUGACGAAAACGAAUUCAACAAACUUAAGCAAAAGAAAGGUGCUAAGGUGUAUUAUGUAGUUCCAGAUUCACAGUUUAUCUACACUGACACUAUUAAAAAUUUGAAAGGGACAGAUGCAAGUAACUGCCAUGAUGAGGAGUUACCGGAGGAAGAGCAAGAAUUUUCAGACGAUGAAAGAGAACUAGCAGCCAAACAGUCGAAAAAAAGAAAGAAGAAAUCCAAGAACAUUAAGGAUAAUUCUGAACUGCAUGAUCCUCAGCCUCCAAAACAAACGAAUAAUAGAAAAAGACAUCAUGGUAGCACUAACAACACAGAAAGUAAUAAUAGUAACCAAAAUUCGAAGUAUAAACCAUAUGGAUAUCCACAGAAUAACCAGGCUCAACAAUUUAAUGUAGCUCCAGCAAAUAAUGUACAUCAGCAUAAUAAUCCAUUGAUCCAUGGUCUACCAAGUUUACAAGUUCAACAAAUUUUGCAACUUCAACAACAACAACAACAACAACAACAAGCUUAUGUUCCCCAGGUACAACCAAAUCAACAGCAACAGCAACCUUAUUUCCCUUCACCUCAAACAUUUCAGCCGCAGUUACAAAAUCAGUUUCAAGGCAAUUCACUGGUUUAUGGUACUCCGUACAAUCCGCAGCAACAACAUAAUAUGCUAGGUCAGAAUCAACACCCUAUUUACAAUCCGAACCAACAACCUCCAAAUCCAUAUUUUCCACAAGGAACCCCAACCCCUUACGUUCCUAAUGUCCCUCAGAAUAAUUUCUCACAGUGGAAUCAAAGUCCUCAACAAAAUCAAUUACAACAAUUGCAGCAACUUGUGGUAAAUCAUUUAAAUGGGCAAACUCAGCAACAAUCACCAGCAUCUAAUAAUCUGCAAUAUCCUGGAGGAAACAGCCAAUUUCCUCCUCAAAACUAG